AUGGCCAAGACCAUCCAAAACCUCAAUUCCAUCUACACCAUUUUCAUAACCAUUUUCCUCUUCUUCUUCUUCUUCUUAACCCUUGCCAAUGCAGAGACUCACCGUUUCUCAAAACCCUUAUCUCCGUCAAAACAUGGUCUAAAGAGAGAGAAACUGAGCCAUCUGCACUUCUACUUCCAUGACAUAUUGAGUGGCAGAAACCCUACAGCUGUUAGAGUUGCUGAGGCACCCACAACAAACACUUCCUUGACUGUGUUUGGUGCUGUGGUCGUGAUGGACGACCCAUUGACUGUUGGGCCUGAACUGGGCUCCAAGCUUGUCGGAAAAGCCCAAGGAAUUUAUGCUUCAGCUUCACAGAGUGAGUUGGGGCUCUUGAUGGCCUUCAACUUUGUUUUUGUGGAAGGGAAGUAUAAUGGUAGCACCCUGAGUGUGCUAGGGCGCAACUCCGUGUUAUCCGAAGUGAGGGAGAUGCCGAUAGUAGGCGGAAGCGGGCUUUUCCGGUUCGCCCGAGGCUACGCUCAUGCUAGCACUCACCAGGUUGACUUCGAAACUGGAGAUGCUGUUGUGGAGUAUAAUGUUUAUGUCUUCCAUUAUUAA